UCAAGCCCCUUGGCCUGUGCUAAGACACCUGUAGACGAAUGGCGGUAGCCUGGGAGGAGUAUUUCCGACUGGUCCUCCGAGAGAGAGUGCCUAAGAAGCCUCUAGUGCAGAAUGUAGAACACUUUCCACCCCUGCUUCGUCUAUGGGAGAAGAAACAAGAGCUAGCAGCCGCAGACCAGGCUCUGCAGCACCAGAAGGAGGAGUUUCGCAGCACGAUGGCCACCCUGAACCAGCGCUGGGCACAGCUGGAGCAGAAAGAGCAGGAGCUGAAGGGGUCUUUCAUCCGAUUUGACAAAUUCCUCCAGGACGCAGAGGCCCGAAGGGGUCGCGCACAGCGGAGAGCCACAGAGGAGAGCCAAGGAGCGCGCCAUCAGGAGGCAGAGGCGCUGCGGCUGCGCGCACAGCUGGAGGAGCUGCGGCGGGAGCGCGCGCGGCUGCAGCGGAGGCUGCGGCGCCUCGAGCCCUGUGCGCGCCUCCUGGAGGGCGCGCUGGAACACCUGCCGGAGUUUCAGGAGGUUCAGGAACUGGUGGCACGCUUCGAUGGCCUGGCAGACACACAGGAGGCACUGAAGCUGGCGGAGAGCAAGCGACAGGUGGAGCUGGACACGACCCGUGUGCAGCUGAAUCGUCUGCGGGAAGCCAAGGAGGAUGAGCUGUUGCGUCUGGGCCAGCAGCGUGCGCAGCUGCUCGAGCAGUUGGAGGCAGCGAGGGAGCGCACUCUGCAGUGGGAAUCCAAGUGGACUCAAAUCCAGAACACAGCAGCGGCCAAGACGCUGCUCCUGGGACGCACUCGGAUGUCUGCCCUCAACCUGUACCAGCUUGUGCGCCUGCGCCAGACUCAGCCGCGAGCCUUGGACGUGGAGGACACGGAGGGGCAGCUGGAGGAGGUGAAGCUGUUUAUCACGGACCUCUCAGCCAUGCUGGCCAACCUUGCCCAGGCUGAGCCCACAGCCACUGCCUCCUAGUUCAGCCAGGUGAGCGGCAAAGGAGACCCGAGGGAACAAGUCCCACAUUUCUUGGUGUGCAGGCUCAACACAGUGGCUCUCUGAAUAUGCCUUCUCCUGGGCAAGAUGGAGCUGU